UUAGGCCAAUUUAUAUGUAUCUGGAACUGAAUGCUUAACCUAGCAUUUUUUUUUUUUCUGAAUGAAAAUGGCAGCAGCGUCUGAAGAGCUUACAAAUGAAGCAGUGUGUUCAAUUUGCUUGGAUUAUUUUUAUGAGCCUGUUCUUACUGACUGUGGUCACAACUUCUGCCGGGCCUGUAUCACAGAGUUCUGGAACAGAUCAGAGGGUAAAGUAUUCUGUCCCAACUGUAGGGCAGAGUUUGAACAGAAGGUUCUUAGGCCUAACAGGCAGCUAGCUAACCUAGUGAAUAGCAUUAGGAAGCUCAGCUUGGUUAUCCGUGGUAAACCAGCUGAAGAGCAACUGUGCAAAGAACACGAAGAAAAACUAAAGUUGUUUUGUGAAGAUGAUUUAAAGCCCAUCUGUGUGGUUUGUGACAGGUCGUUACAACACAGGUAUCACAGAGUGCUUCCUGUAGGGGAAGUUGUCAAGCGCUAUAAGAAGCAACUUGAACAAUCAAGGGAUUACCUGAAGAAACAGAUGGAAAGUAUUCUGAUUGCCCAGGCUGAAGGAGAGAGCAAAAUUUAUAAAAUAAAUGCUGACACAGAGACAGAGAGGCAGAAAAUUAUUAGCAAGUUUGACCAGCUUCAGCAUAGUUUGAACAGGGAAAAAGAAAAACUUCUACAAAAUCUGGACCGGGACAGAACGUUGAACCUUGAAACAGUAAAUGACCACCUGGCACAUCUUGCACAGCAGACUUGCACCAUCUUCUCAGCAAUAGAAGAGAUUAAUGAGAGGCUGAAGUUGCAAGAAGCUGCAUUCCUAACCGACAUCAAGAAAACAUUGGACAGAUGCAACAUCAUGAUUCAGAUACCAGCAGUGGAAGUUAACAGUCUGAAGAAGAAUGAAGCUGAUCAGCCCAUGAAGUAUGUCAGUCUGUGGAAACAAUUGCUUAAGUUUAUGAGACCAGAGCCUGCUCCUCUCACUCUGGACCCAAAAACUGCUCACUGCAAUCUCUACAUUUCACAAGAUUUGACUGUUGUUAAUUGGGGAGAUGUAUUGCAGAACUGUCCCAACAACUCAGAGAGAUUUGAUUACUGGCCUUGUGUCCUGAGCUCUCAGGGAUUUUCGUCUGGCAGACACUACUGGGAGGUCAGUGUAGGAGACUCCAGUGGCUGGUAUAUGGGUGCUGCUAGACAGUCUGUGGAGAGAAAGGGAUGGACCAUUCUGACAGCAGAAAAUGGAUGCUGGACACUAGGAUGGUCAAGUGGGGAAUAUAUGGCUGGAAUUGUUCGGCUUCCUCUGAGAGAAAAGUUGACCAGGGUUGGCCUUUACCUGGACUACGAAGAAGGAGAAUUGUCAUUUUACAAUGUGGAUAACAUGAGUCAGAUCCACACAUAUAAAGAUAGUUUCACAGAGAAAAUGUUUCCUUUCUUCCGUAUGUGGUCCAGUGACUCUGAGAUCAAAAUAUGUCACUCCACAAGUUAGCACUUAUGACUUUAAGUAUUAAUGUGAACUUUUUUCAUUUCUUGGAAAACUUGUACAACAUUUCUUUCAGGCAUGGAUUGAAAAUAUGCUAGUGUCAUGCAGCUAAACAUUUUAUUACUACUGACACCACAAGUACAGUGUCAAUACAACAUUACACUGUCUGCUGGAAGGUUAAGGUUAUCUACUGGCUUUAUGACUCACUUUAACUUCUGAGGGUCUUGGGUGCAUGUCCUAGAGACAAAAACAUUUGCUUUCUAGAGCAAGAUGAUGGUGGUCUUAAGACAUUUACAUUUUGUAAUGGAAAAGAGCAAUAUCCACACUGGUUAACAAAAAUGUCUUUUUCAGCUUAAUUGUGUUGUGAAUGGAAGCAUGACGUGUGUCUGUGUCAGAUAAGGGAAACAAGGAAGCAGAAGAAAGAAUGUUCUUUGCUUUAAUUAUGCUACCGCAAAGCAUUCUGAUUUCUUUGGUGGAUCUUCAAAUUCUGUGACAGUUCUUUUUCUGUGGCAUUAUUCUUGUAUAUGUUCCCAGAUAACCAUUCUGACAAUGACCAAUAUAAGACGUAUUUCCACUAAUUUGUUGUAGUUGCUUGUUUAGAUGGAUACAGUAAUUCCAUGGAAGUUGCUUAGUGAGUAGUAAGCAAAAUGUUUGUGUGUCCUGGUCACAUUUCUCCAAAACACUCCCCUUGAAAAGACUAACUGGAUCUAAUCAGGUAACAUAGGUAAAUAAAAUAAUGACAUAACUCGUAAUGUAUGGUGAGACCCUUGAGGAUAUUCAUGAUGGUUGCAGGGUUUAGGAGAUGUCAUCAUAAAACAGGAGUCCAAAUGCCUUAAAAAAUCAGCAUGGAACGGCAUUAGAACUGUGAAAGAAAAUGAAUGUUUUUAAUGAGGGCAAAGCCUCUCUCCCAUGCAAAAAUACUCCCCACCACUCAUACAGGUCUAGUCACCUCUGCAUCUCUUACUUAAUAUAGUCAACUCUGAGGUCAUUUAUCUCAGAGGACUAGAAGAUUUCUCUUUGUAGUGGCUUUCAUUGACUAAGUUAUUCAUUUGAAUAUUUGAACAUUUGUCAUAGAAACCUUAUAUUUCAUCUCUGCAUUUUCAUGCAGCAUUGUAUCACUGAAUGUUAAGUUUUAAAUUUUAUGUCUUUACAUAUGCUAUCUGAGGACACUGGGUGUUGGGGAUAGCACAGUAUUCUCUUGCUCCCCCCUAGGUUAGAGAGUUUGGAAUUAGCAUCUUUAGUCAGCAGGUAUGGGGUAUAGAAGCAAGUACGCUGCUGCAGAAAUGUGUUUUUCAUUUGAUUUUUUUAAUCAGUAAUUUGCUUUUAAUGACUUUUUUGUGACCUACACUACAUAGUUUGCAUGUUCAGUGAAUUGCCAUGUAUCCCAUUAUUGCACAGGUGGCAACUCAAAGUUUGCCUGAUCCCAUUAUACAUAUAAUGUCAUUUUUUCCUAGGUGCCUGUUGACCAUUAAACCUCCUCAAAGGGACUGUGCCCAUUUGAUCCCUCUUACUAGGAAAUGACAUCAUUAUAAUACAGAGGAAAGGACUGCCCCAGCCAUGACAGUUGUUUUUGUCCUCAAUGGCAUCCCAGCAAAGAGGUUGUGUUUCCUAACCUCACCUUCACUGUGGAGGGAGAUGAGCUAUCCACAUCAUCAUAGGGUUCACUAGUCCAUCCCCCAUCUGUGCACACUCUUGUAUGCUUGUUAGUAAAGGCUACUAACAGGUGGAGGCUUGGUGGGCCAAAAGACUACCCUCAAGACAUGAACCAUGCUGCAGCACCUCCUCUAAGGGAUCGUGGCUUUAUGCAUCUGCUUCUCCAACCCUCUCUCAAAGAUGGGUGCGCCCAUCCUCCCUUGCCAGCUCCACGAAGCUCCUGAAUUGUCAGUCAAACCUGAGUCACUUGGGCAAUAGUCAGGGCUUUAUCUCUGUAUCCCAUUGCAGCUGGCCUACAAAGUAUAUUUUGACAGGCAUAUCAUUGGUUCAGUUUUAUGUAACUAGAUGGAUUUUAGUGUGAAAGAUUAUUAUGUACUACACAUCACAAAUGCAAAUUCCUCUAAAUGUAGUAGCCUUAAUUAUAUUUUUUCAGUAACAUGAAGUUUUGAAAUUUUUCCAUUUUUGUUUGUUUUUUGUUUUUUUUAAUUUUGGCCACUGUGGGGCAUCUCAGCAGCAAGAGCUAAUCACAUUCCAAGCCAUGACAAUUUAAGAAAUUGUUCCACAAGUCUCAGAUAUUUGCUUAUAUAUUUUUACCAGUUUGACUGAUAACCAAGUAAAUGUAUUAAUCCAGUCAGUCUGUGUCUUCAGUUUUGAUUUGUACUAGUAUUUACAGUGAAUAGGGGACAUUUGGCCAGGAUACUGGAUAUUUUAUCCACAUGUUAGAACUGCCGUUGGCUCUUUGAUGGUUACUAGAAUUUCCUACCAGUUCAGGCAAAUUGUACCUCAGUUUUGUAAAUUUGGUGUAAGGAUGGAAUGCUGUUGCUAAUGAAGCUUAUAUAGUAGAAAGUGUUUCUCGUCUGCUUGCAGUACUUGGAUGGACAAGGGUUAGAACAAUCCAUAAGACUGAUAAAGUCAGUUAAAUUCUUAAAGUUCCAUGUAACACUAGCAGAUUAUUUCAGGAUGAGCUAAAUUAAACACUUUUAGAAGGAGUAUUAAUAUGUUUAUAUGCUUCUAGAACUUGCUUACUUUUCUUUUUAGCUUUGCAUUAUCUGGUAUUUUGAAAAUGUAUGUGGAUUCUGUUAAGUAUUUUGAGUGAAACAAAGUAUGAAAUUCUUGGAUGGAAAGGGCAUCAGUUAAGUUUUUAGGAAGUCCCAUCAAGUAAAUAUAAAGGGUCUUUAGUCUCCUUGAGAUUUGUGUUGUCCUCUGUCCCUUUAUACAGUGUAACACUGAAGAGAUUUGAUGCAGAAAUUGCUGUGGUUCCUGUCUUCCCAGUCUGCAUCUCCUUUUAAAGCCAUGACUGGCUGGGCUAAAUAAUAUGAAAUCUUUCCAUGAGAGUCAUAGAAAGAUUUUUGCUUGUUGUAGUGGGGUUCUCAUCCAGUGUUGAGAUUUAAUGCUAACAGAAAGGUAAUUCUAAAUAGUACUGUAUUAAACCUACAAGUUAAAUAAUAUAUUCUUAAUCACAAAAACAUGGCAGUAGAUGAGGUUUACUGAUACUGAAAACCAACAAACCCUCAAAUUUCAGGUCUGUUGUAGUUUAGAACGUAUGAAUAUUUAUGCAUAUGUGGGCUGUGCUUCUGUGUAGUUUAUAAUUUAAUCUGACACUUUUGGCAUACACUGCAAAUGUUAACAUACUGGCAUUUCAAUAUAUUUGCUUUUCAGCACUUGAUGCACUUUAAACUGGAAUGUUUUAUCUUGAACAUUUUUAAUAUUUAUUCAACUGCCUCAUAUCAGUUAUGAAAAAUAUAUAUGUGUGUUUAUAAUUUAUUUUGUAUUGCUUUUCUUAAAAAAAUAUAUUCACAUUAAAUUUACCUCUUUCUACAUAGUAAAAUCAUAUGAGGUAUUUAAUUUGCCAUAAUUAUACAACUGAAAGAGAAACAAGUUAAAAUAAAUGUUGAUUGCUGUAUUUUGCAGCUUUAUACAUAAAAAAACACACAUAAAAGGUCAUCUUGCAUUUUUUGAUGCUCUUCGUGUUUCACUGUUGCAGUCAUCACAUUUAGGUUAUCCCUGCUGGGGUAGCCCUCGGCCA